CGUGUAUUAAACAAAACACAGACCGAUGGUUGACAUGUCUCUGGUCUGACGGCGACUGUAGGGAAGAACUGUGAGGUGCAGGCCCGCUAAAGACGAUUACGUCGCCUUGUUCGUGGGUCUGAAAAGUCAGGUGGAGACGGUCUGGUGAGAAAUGGCGGAGGGCGGCUUCGACCCCUGCGAGUGCAUCUGCAGUCAUGAAUUCGCUAUGAGGCGUCUCAUCAACCUGCUCAGGCAAUCCCAGUCUUACUGUACAGAUGCAGAGUGCCCUCAGGAGUUGCCAGGACCUAAUGGACUAGUCGGUGGAGAUGGAGAUCUGACCCUCCCCAUGGUUCUGAUGGGAUGGGCCGUAGUGGCCUUGGUCUUGUUUUUGCUCCGCCCAUCCAGUCUCAGGGGACGACGCCCUACAGGGAAACCCUCCGGACCCCAAAAUAAUCACGGAAGGGAACCUCCAGCCCCACCCGUUGACUAACACUGAAUGCAGACGACCAGCAGUCCUGAUGCUCUUUUUGGAGGAACGUGACCAGCCUUCCUGUCAGCUUUUACUCACAUUUCCACCCCUCUGCCUCCUUUUUCUUUUUUAAAACUUUGGUCACAGGUCUUUAUGUGAUUGUUCCUCUAAGAGCCCGACUGAACUCAAAUCUCUGACGCCAUCACAGAAUUUGGGACAUUUAAUGGUGAAGUUAUGCAAUACACAAGUUUCUAGUCAUUCUUUAACAUAUAUUAAAAUAUAAUCUCUUACUCCAAUAUUUUAAACAAAAUAUUUACUUUAUUCAAAAUGAAUGCACAGAUGUUUGGUUUUUGGCAUAACAGCAGGAAUAUGCUCCAUUCCUGAUCCAUCUUUGAAAGUCAGGACUGUAAAAACAGACAUUUGAUGAUUCGGUUGGACUCUUAUCAGUUCCCUCCUUUCAUCAGGAAAUGAGCUGAGCCUGGACCAGGUUUAAUAAACGUCAGACAGGAUCUUAGAGUGAAGGAUUGUGACAUGUUUGGUUAGUGAAGGGGUUGCUAAUGAACUAUUCUUGAUCCUGCACUUUGUAUGAUUAAUGGUGGUGGGUGUCUCGAAACAUUCCACCUCGUCUAAAAUAAUAUUACACAUUCAAACGGUGCCAGUCAGAAUAAAUAUUAUCAGUAAUUUUUUCAAACCAAAAUAAUUACAGAAUGUGUCACUUUUUAUAUUGAGCUAUCUCAUAAAUUGUGGUUUAAUUUCCGGAAACACUAAUCUUAUCAGUAAAUCAGCUCUGUGUGUUUAUUGAUUUAUGUUUCCAAGAAACCUCUACAAUUCAUAGUCUUAAAUACAUCACGAGGAAGAGUUUCGAUGCCAGUUUGGUUGGUUAUGGGAGACUGCAGUCAGUCUGCUGAGAAUACUGGGCUAAAACUUGACAAACGCAGCAUCUUAAUUGUGAGAUUACAGGGUAUGGUCCGACAUUAAUACUUUCAUGGACAGCGUUAAGAAUUGGUAGAAUUUUGGUUUGUUCUAAGAUGACAAAAAUGGUAAAACUGACCUCUUAAAAAAAGAAAAAAAGAAUUGUGUCUUGUCUGUGUUCCUUUUCUACACGAAAACCCAAAGUUUCUAGCUUAUGUUUCAUUUUACACUGGUGAGGAAAAACAAAACGUUUCUUUAUUUUUUUUUUUUGCCAAUGUGAAUGAAUCAUUGUGAAAUUCUAGAGCACUUUUCUACAAGAUCUUAUUUUGUUUUAUAUGAAACGUGUUGAGAGGUGAGCAGAAUAUUUCCUUGUUGCUUGUCAUGCUUGAAACCCUGACAAAAGCAGUAUCCUGAACCGUUUGGUUCCUUCCCUGGUUUACCCACUUCCACCGUUCAACAGAAUCAUUGAAUCCCACAAUCACCAGCUAAACCUUCAAACUGUACCCUGUAGCAAGAAAAUGGGGUUUUUCUUGAGCUCAACAAUGUUUAACAUUUUUGAGAGUUUAUAUAUUGCACUUGGUUUUCCCCACUUGACCUUAAUGCCAGAGCAUAAAUACAUUUGUUUAAAGAUCAAAGGUUUUUGCAUUGUAAAGUUUACCUUAUGGUGCAUUUGUACUAUCAGUAAAUGUGCACCAUUGUUUUUUUUUUUUAUAUAUAUACUGCUUUUUUUUCUUUUUCAAUUUUUUUUUUCUGGAAAUGCCAAAAAAGGUCGUCUAGAUUUUUUUUUUUUUUUUUUUUCAAAGCACUUGUGCAAAAGCAACAAGUUAUCACUGAGAUGGAUAAAUGAAAGAGACCUCAAAUUAUACUGUUCUAAAUGUUUAAGGGCUUAUACUAUGCACUUUUCCUACAACAAUGAAUAAAGAUCUAAGUCUUA